GCCUGAUCAGCGGGGGGAGGGGCUGCGCUGCACGCUUGUCACCAUGGAGACUCAGGAAGCAAAGUGAUCAUUGAAUCCUUUCUCCACCAGAAGGCGAUUUUCGCUUCACAGGGAGAAGUCUGAGCUUCUGGAACGCAGGGUUCAAAAAAAGAAUCAAAGCUGGUGUUUUGGUAUCAAGCCACAGGACCCAGUUUUGUGUCAGAGAAGCACACUCCCUCGGGAGAUUCUGUUCUGAUAACGAGCUGCCUUUUCCUUCCUGGAAGACUCGGUUCCUCUAAAUGUAACCACUGGGCGUGGGGGGCGCUGAACGGUGGUCAUCACGGAGGGACAGUCCCCAGGGGCAGGCUGGCUGUGAGGGCAGGGUUCCUUCACGCUGGGACACAGCGGAGCUGCGCCAGCUCACCGCCCGGGUGCAGCACUCGCAGGCGGCUCUGCGGCUCAGGCCCUGUCUGCAAAUUUGGCGAGUCUUGAUUUCUUUGUUAGGACGAUUGACACUGUGUCAUUUGGUGACACGAAGGUACAAGCCUGAGGAAAUCCUCCACUUCUCUAUCUGGAAGGACACGUUAAUUUCCUUGGAGUUUCAAGCAGAGGCCAUAUGAAAUGGACCAAACCCCCCCAGUGCGCUCCGAGUAUCUGGUCUCAGGGAUCCGAACUCCCCCCGUGAGGAGGAACAGCAAACUGGCCACCCUGGGCAGGAUCUUCAAACCCUGGAAAUGGAGGAAAAAGAAAAACGAGAAGCUGAAGCAGACGACCUCAGUACUGGAGAAGAAGAUGGCCGGCAGGCAGGGCCGGGAGGAGCUCAUCAAGAAGGGGCUGCUGGAGAUGAUGGAGCAGGAUGCUGAGAGCAAGACGGCCAGCCCCGACAGCCCCCAGUCCGCGCAGAGCGAGCCGCCCGCACCCCAGCAGGACGUGCCGACACCAGAAGAUGCCCAACCGGGAAGCCCCUUGGCCGCAGAGGCUGACCAGGCUUCCGUGGAAGAGCCGCCGUCCUCGGACGCCCACCUGGAUGACGCAGCCAAGAUGCAGUCUGCACCCGGGAGUGAAGACGUGGACGCCGAGCACGCCCGCAGCCUCCUGCCCACCCCCGACGAGCUCUCUCAAGCCUUAGCUGGGUCUGACUCCCUGGAGAGUGCUCCCAGGCCCCUGGAGAGACCCUGGGGCCAGCUCCCCAGCCCCCCGCAGCUGCCUACCCCGCCACCCAAGGCCAGCUCCAAAGCCACAAAAAGUGUCACAGGCCAAGCUACGUUCUUCCAAGGCUCCAGCAUGAAGAGUCCCUCCCCUCCCCUCCGGGGGCAGCUUUCCACGCCCACGGGGUCUCCGCAUCUCACCACCGUCCACCGGCCACUGCCCCCAAGCCGUGUCAUCGAGGAGCUGCACAGGGCACUGGCCACAAAGCACCGCCAGGACAGUUUUCAAGGAAGGGAGAGCAAAGGGUCCCCGAAGAAGCGGGCGGACGUCCGGCUGUCGAGGACGUCCAGCCUGGAGCGGGGCAAGGGGAAGGAGGAGGCGUGGAGCUCAGACGGUGCCACAGAGAGCAAGCGGGCCGUGGCCAAGGAGUCCGAGGAGAACAAAGAGAACCUGAUCCUGAACUCCGAGUUGCAGGACGACCUGCUCCUGUACCAAGACGAGGAGGCACUCAACGAGUCUGUCAUCUCCGGGACACUGCCGCGGAGAUGCAAGAUGGAGCUGCUGGCGGUGAAGCUAAGGACCCGGCCCAGCAAGCAGGAGCUGGAGGACCGGAACGUUUUCCCCCAGAGGACCGAUGAAGAGAGGCAGGAGAUCCGGCAGCAGAUUGAGAUGAAGCUCUCCAAACGGCUGAGCCAAAGACCCGCUGUGGAGGAGCUGGAGAGAAGAAAUAUCUUGAAACAAAGGAAUGACCAGACGGAGCAGGAGGAGAGGAGGGAGAUCAAGCAGAGGCUGACGAGGAAGCUUAAUCAGAGACCCACUGUUGAUGAAUUAAGAGACAGAAAAAUUCUGAUACGGUUCAGUGAUUACGUGGAAGUAGCGAGAGCCCAAGACUAUGACAGGAGGGCCGACAAGCCUUGGACGAGAUUGUCGGCGGCGGACAAGGCAGCAAUUCGUAAAGAAUUAAAUGAAUACAAAAGUAAUGAAAUGGAGGUACAUGCAUCAAGCAAGCACUUGACAAGAUUCCACAGGCCAUAGAGAUUUUCUUCUGAGAAGAAUUUGUGUUUAAUUUUUGAUACCAACACUGAACAUUCUUCAGGGAACUUUCCUGAAGGCAGCCCGGACCACCUGCUGUGCCCGUGCGGGGCAGGCUCCCGCGGGGGCAGCCGGCCACUCGCCCGCGAGGGGAGUAACCGAGGUCACACUGCCGUCUCGCUGGAGGAGUGUGCGGGUGGGCCGGAGAGGACUGGCGUGGCUCCACCAGAAGCAGCUGUCGUCUGCCUUCCGGCCUGUGCCGCGGCUCUGCAGAGUGACAGGGGACGGACGGGCGUGUGUGAGCUCACCACCCUCAGGCCUCCGCACAAGGGACAUGGGACGCAGUGUCGUUCAGUAUUGUCGAGAGACGUUUUUACUCUGAUCACUUUAAUUCAAACUCUUUAAGUUCGUGUUAUACAAAAUGAUUUACUGUAUUAUAAUUUUUCUUUUUUUAUAUAAUGUCUAACAAAAAAUACAGCUGCAACCUUUUGAUUCCUGUUAAUUUUGUUCUUCGAUUAAAUACUACUUAUUGCAGGAAAUGGACCCAGGCUUUACAUUUUCUUGGGGCUGGGCCAAGCAAUAUUCUAGAACAGGGGUCUGUGAAACCGGUCUGCUCGACUGCUUUCGAAGCAUCAGAAUCCGAACACAAGAG